ACCUCCAACCAGCUCGAUCCUACCUGCCUUGUGCGCCUCAGCCGCGCUGCGCUGCCUCUUUUUCCUUCACACCUUGUUGCCGAGAUCGGCCUGAACAGCCUUUGAGUGACUUGGAACCGAGAAACGUCUACCAUGUCAACACCAUUCAGACAAGAUAUGCCGCCCGCAGGGGGUUUCGAGGCUGUCAAGUACAAGCGCAACCUGCCGUUCCGCGGACCGAGUGGGCUCGUUAUUCUCGGCGGUGUCACGGCGGUCUGCGCCUAUGGCUUCUACCGCGUUGGAAAGGGCAACCUUGAGAAGAGGGAGCUCCAGCGCGAGAAGGUGUGGUCGCGCAUUCACUUGGUGCCUCUUCUCCUGGCGGAGGGCGACCGUGACGCGUACCGACGUCAGCAAGCGGCGCUUGCACGGGAGAGGGAGAUCAUGAAGGAUGUGCCGGGCUGGGAGGCGGGAAAGAGUGUCUACAACAAGCCCAACCACCGGUCUGCGGAGACGAUCGUGGUUAUAUGAUGGUAGCGCGUUUUCCUAGUAUCAGCGCGUCGAGCAAUCCGAAUCAGUCGUUGAUGAGCCACAGCUUCG